AUGCUGAGCCUGAUAAGACUACCUCGUGUUUUCACCGUCCACCAAGUUCCAAAAGCGUUCCAGGAGGACAGCAUCAUCUCAGGAUAUCGCCAUCCUCGCAGCUCAGCCACUGACUGCAUCCUCAGCCUCUUCCAGCUGACCAAUGAGACCCUGAACAUCUGGACCCACUUCCUCCCCACAUGGUACUUCCUGUGGAGGUUGGUGAGUGUGGUCCUGAUUCAGGACGCGUGGCACGAUGCCUACGCCUGGCCCCUGCUUGUGUUCCUGGUGUCCUGCUGCAUAUACCCGCUGGCAUCCAGCUGUGCGCACACCUUCAGCACCAUGUCCACCAGUGCCCGUCACAUCUGCUUCUUCUUCGACUAUGGGGCAAUCAGCUUCUACAGUCUAGGCUCUGCUGUCACGUACUCUGCUUAUGUAAUGCCAGACGACUGGGUGAAUAGCACCUUUCACAAGUACUACAUCCCCAUUGCCGUCUUCAACACAAUCAUCUCCACUGCUAUGGCUUGUUACUCCAGGCUUGGCUUACCAUUUCUCCACUAUAACCAUGACACCAUUAAAAGAUUCCCUGAGUGCCCAAAGCCAAAGCUGGGCCAACUGAUCCGCAUACUUUCCUUUGCCUUCCCUUAUUUGUUUGACAACAUUCCUCUCUUCUAUAGGCUCUUUGUGUUCGCUGGGGAGGAUGCCAACCCCCUACACUAUCGCCACAUCGCCCUGGCUUUCCUCACAGUCUUCCUAUGUGCCACCCACCUGCCGGAGCGGCUGGCUCCAGGCCGCUUCGACUUCAUAGGCCACAGCCACCAGUUAUUCCACGUGUCGGGCAUCAUUGGGACCCUCUUCCAGAUGCAGGCCAUUGAGACGGACAUGAGGCUGCGGCGCCAGUGGCUCUCGGAGCACUCGGCUCCCAUCACGUUCUUGGGCACGUUUGGAGCGGCCACCCUCUGCAUCACCCUCAGCCUGGUGGUCAUCUACCUCUUCAGCCUCUCUCUACUGUGGGCCCCCAGCAUGAAAACUCAACAAAAACAGAAAGCCAAAGGCAGAGAUUAACACCGCGUGUGUUUUUUGCAAGUGCCUGUUGACACUGCACUAGACACGUGCAGGUGCAGCUCAACAAAGACUUGGUGCUCGGUGAGGAGUCAGACAGCCUUUCAUGACCUCGAUGACGCAGUACAGUGGGAAUGUAUACUGUGAUCAGCGAGUGUGUGUGUGUGUGUGUGUGUGUGUG